GGUACAGCCUUGUAACCUUAGAAGUCUCCUUUAAAUCUUCGGCUGAGAAAGGGAGAACUCACAUCCUGCCCUCUUCUCUCCUCUCUCGCCCAAGAGCCACAGAUACUUGGAGUGCAUGGCUCUCAAGAACCAGAUAUCAUAUCCCUCCUUAGCUGAACUAGAUCCUGUUGUGGCUCCUCUCCAACCUACUUUGCCGUGCCCAAGAUGUGGUGGUCCGUGUACCAUCCCCGAUCCUUUCAGCUUGUCUAUCAGCUGCAAGCUUUGCGAUCUAACUGCAUCAUAUCACAACGAUGGCAAAUUCAUCGUCAUCGUAGAAGGCUCGCCGAUUAGCGUCCGAGAAGACACUAUCAAAUACAACAUGGGCGCCCUCAAAGUCAUCGGUGGCGGCAGCAUCUGCAUCGACCGUCAAAACAACGUCUACGUCAAGGGUGGCAGCAAAAUUUCCAUCCACCGGUGCAACAACAUCCACGUCGAAGGCGGUGGUGAUGUCUCCGUCCAUCGGUGCAACAACAUCCAUGUCGAGGGUGGUGGCAGCGUCUCCGCGCACCGGUGCAACAACAUCCACGUCGAGGGUGGCGGGAAAAUCUCUGUCCAUCUUUGCAACGACAUCCGCGUUGAGUGCAUCGGCGAUGUCGCCGUCCACCGGUGCAACAACGUCCUUGUCCAGGGUGGUGGUAACGUCUCCGUCCACCGGUGCAACAACAUCGAUGUUGAGGGCGGAGGUGAUGUCUCCGUCCACCGGUGCAAUGGUUUUCGCGUUGACGGAGGGCGGGACAUCAGAGUUCAUAGGUGCAACGGCGUCCAGAUUGAGAGAAGUGGGAACAUCUGCAUCCAUCGGUGCAAUAAUAUUUAUGCCAAAAAGAGUGGUAAUAUCCGCAUCAACCGUUGCAACGAUGCCCAUUUAGAAGGGAGUGGUGAAGUACGCAUUCGCCGGUGCAAUAUGGCCGCAGUUGAAAAUUGCGUGGAUGCCUGCAACUUAAAUUGAUGUACUCAGCAGCAGCUUUCUUUUGUCCGUUUGAUGAUUGCAGGAGUCUAGUAAUUACUAUGGAAGACCUUUCGGUUGUGUAUUUCACUGUUUUGUUGGAAGAAGAGCCAAGGUGACUGGUUCUCUUUUCUGUAAAAUUUCCCUGAGAGGCAGCAUAUCCUAUGGUCAUGCUAUCUUUCGUAAAUAAAAGUUGGUUAUUGUCCAUCCGUC